AAUAAGUCCAUCUGUGAAAUUUCCUUGCUACUAAAUAUUCCACAGUCAACUGUUAGUGGUAUUAUAACAAAGUGGAAGCAACUGGGAACAACAGCAACUUAGUGGUAGAUCACGUAAAAUGACAGAGCGGGGUUAGAGCAUGCUGAAGCGCAGAAGUCGCCAACUGUCUGCAGAGUCAAUAGCUAAAGACCUCCAAACUUCAUGUGGCCUUCAGAGAGAUCAGGGAAUGGGUUUCCAUGGCCAAGUACCUGCAUCCAAGUCUUACAUCACCAAGUGCAAUGCAGUGCAUGGGAUGCAGUGGUGUAAUGCACAAUGCCACUGGACUCUA